UCCAAUUAUUAGUAAGACCGGCUAGAUCGGUUUCCCCCAAAUCGGCGUAUGUUUCGUUGACCUUCAUCCCGAUCAAUCAAACAAGUGUUUUGUUAUUGUGUUCUUCGAUCUUCAUUAUUGAUCAGAAAAAAUGGCAACAACAACUUUGGUUUUGCGCACUCAGAUCCGUCAUCUGAUGGAAACUGCUCGAGGCUUAAGCUCAGGCCUUCGCUACUUCAGUGACGGCAAAGGUAAAGUCCUCAGCGAAGAGGAACGCGCUGCUGAAAAUAUUUAUAUCAAGAAAAUGGAGAAGGAAAGGCUGAAGAAGAAGGCUGAGAAAGAGAAAGCAGAGAAAGAACAUGGGGAGAAGAAAGAUGAAGGGGAUGCUCAUAAAAAAUGAAGUGACCAUCAGCACUACCUGGAAGGAGAUAUCUUUAAAGGAAGUGGGCUUUAUUUGUGCUGCAUCUCUACCUACUAUUAUGACCUAAUAUUUGAUUUACUUGCAAUUUCAUGAAUCUUGAGUGGCAAUAUUGGUAUCAAUUUUAGAUAAAAUUGUUUGAGCGUGUUCA